AAAUACUGGCUGUGUUUGGAAACCUACAGAGCUGCCUACCUAGACAGCAUUUGGGACGUUCCUAUACCUAAACAUUGAUACCUAAACUGAUGCGAGCUGUUAGUGAGGAGCCAAAGCAUCUACAUUUUUAAGACACAGUCAGCCAUAAGGGGAGUUCCUAAAUGACUCGUGUAAACUAAAUAUGCCUUGACAGUAGUUUUCUGUUAUUUCGCCAGUUAUAUGCAACUCAAGUGAUACGUUUAUUGUACCAGCCACACACUGAUCACGAGUUGCAAGCAGUGAAAACACGUAUUCGGUCUCCUCUGAAGAGAGUCGACUCGACUCGGAGUUUGUUGUCGGAUCAUUCAUUCUUUCCAGAAGGGAGAAAUGUUGUCAUUCGAGGCUGCUAAAGCGAGGUUAGAAACUGCAGGGCAGAGCCAUGUUUUACAGUUUUGGUCUGAGCUUUCUGCGGAAGAAAGCAGUACGCUUCUGGAGGAGAUUUCUCAGCUCAAGCCCGAAGACUUACUCGAGCACUGCCGAGCAGCUGUUGAGGCUGCAAGCCGACACUCGAGUGCUGAUGGUCGGCUAGACGCGCGCAUGGAGCCCGUUCCUCCAGAGUUCAUCGGAAGUGUGCGUAAAAGUGACAAAGAAAGACUUAAGAUGUGGGGUGAUGAAGGGUUAUCGCAGAUUUCACAGGACAGAGUGGCUGUUUUGCUUUUAGCUGGUGGUCAGGGGACUCGACUUGGAGUGCCAUAUCCCAAGGGCAUGUACAAUGUUGGGCUUCCAAGUGGGAAAACCCUGUACCAGAUCCAAGCUGAGCGUAUCCAGAAGGUGCAAGAGCUGGCCAAUGUGAAGCAUGGUUGUAGGUGCACAAUACCAUGGUACAUAAUGACCAGUGAGUUCACUCUGGGACCCACAGAGAAGUUCUUCAGAGACAAUGAAUAUUUUGGUCUUUGUCCAGCCAACGUAGUCAUGUUUGAGCAGAGAAUGAUACCAGCCGUAGGCUUUGAUGGGAAGAUCAUCCUGGAAAAGAAGAACAAAAUAGCCAUGGCACCAGAUGGAAAUGGCGGCCUAUAUCGUGCUCUUGUGGACAACAAGAUUUUAGAGGACAUGGAGAGAAGGGGUGUGGAGUAUCUUCAUGUGUACUGUGUGGACAACAUCUUGGUGAAGAUGGCAGACCCAGUCUUUAUUGGCUUUAGUGUAAACAAAGGAGCAGACUGUGGUGCCAAGGUGGUGGAUAAGGCGUAUCCUGCGGAGCCUGUUGGAGUGGUGUGUCGUGUGGAUGGUCUGUAUCAGGUGAUCGAGUACAGUGAGAUCCAACCAGAGACCGCAGAGCUGCGAGGCCCAGGAGGAGAGCUCCUGUUCAGUGCUGGGAACAUCUGCAACCACUUCUUUUCCCGAGGCUUCUUAAAGGAAGUGGCUGAAAAGUUUGAAAGUCAGCUGAAGCAGCAUGUGGCAAUCAAGAAAGUGCCAUUUGUGGAUGGAGAAGGGAACAUGGUGAAACCAACCAAGCCCAAUGGCAUCAAAAUGGAAAAAUUUGUCUUUGACGUCUUUCAGUUCUCAAAGAAAUUUGUCGCCUUUGAGGUGUUGAGAGAGGAGGAAUUCUCACCCCUAAAAAAUGCUGAUGGGCUGCCUUUGGACACACCGACUACAGCACGCCGAUCCUUGUUAGCACAACAUUACCGCUGGGCUCUGGCAGCUGGUGGAAACUUCCUGGAUGAGCAAGAUAAACCCAUCCCCCCAAAACAUAGUAUGGCACAGAAUGAAGACCCCCCAGCAAUCUGUGAAAUCUCUCCACUUGUAUCAUACUUUGGCGAGGGUCUGGAAAAGCUGCUGAAACAGAAAAACUUGAAGUCCCCUUUUCUACUUGAUGAGAAUGAAGCCAAGAAUCUUGUGCAAACUACAUAAUGUUUCCAACGGAGGAUUCCACUAUGACCAGGGCCAGGCAAAUAUUUAAAAAAGAAAUGAAAGGGAUGUUUACUAAUCAAAAAUAAAUAAAUGAAAUUUGGGGUUGGUAAGAUAUUUAAAAAUACUCACCAAGUCCGCAUUUAUCAAAAAUACAGAAAAAAAACAGUCAUAUUGGGAAAUGACAACUUAAAAUAAGUUGUUUUCAUAUAUUUAGAAAUGUUAGGGUUUUUUUUUUUUUUUUUUUUU